UUCCCAAUUUAUACUUAUCAUAAAUGAAAAAGAUAUUUUAGGUUAUAUGUAGUUCCCAAAACACUCUCUCUCUCUCUCUCUGGAACAUUGGGAUGGCUAAGCGCAAAUGCUGUUCUUUCUUCAAGCUCUUGCUAGACCCAACUGCCCCUCAUCUGCCACUACCUCCUGAUUUUGUAACCAACCACUUGGAGAACACAACCCCAAAAGACCCAAUCAUCCGAUCUGCAAACGGAGAGUACACAUGGCGAGUAAAGAUGAAAAAGAUCGGCGAAAGUUUGUGUUUUUCCAACGGAUGGGAGUCAGUUGUUCAAGAUAUUCAAUUGGGGUUUGGGGAUUUUCUUGUUUUUCGACUUGUUAAUAAAUCGAUGUUUAAGAUGAUUGUUUUUGGUCCUAAUGGGUGUGAAAAAGAUUUCCCACCUAAAAUCAAGAUUCAUGAUGAUGAUCAUGAAGAUGUUGAUGAUGAUGUUAAGGUUGAGUAUGAUGAUGAUGUUAAGGAUGAAGAAGAAGAUGAGUUUGAAGAUGAAGAUGAAGAAGAUGGUGAAGAAGGUUAUGAAGAAGUGAAUGAAGAAGAAGAUGAUGAAGAUGAUGGUGAAGAUGAUGGUGAUGGUGAUGGUGAUGGUGGUAUUGAUGGGAAUGAUGGGGAUCCUUUCUUUAUGGUGAAUAUCUCAAAGACUCAUAACAAUAUGAUGCGGCUGCCAGCGGAUUUUGCUGAUAUGGCCGGAAUAGAGGGUGACGGAACCCUAACGGCGGCGAAUCUUGACGGCAAAGAGUGGCAAUUGGGGGUGCGCGUUGGUAAAGAUGGUUGGUACUAUCUUUCGGCCGGAUGGAUUGAAUUCCGGCGAAGUAAUGAUUUAUGUGAAGGUGAUGAAUGUGUGUUUAAAUUCAUCACAAGUGAAGAUAAGUUAUUGUUGGCAAGAGUUAGUAAGAACAAACGACCGGCGAAGCAUUUUUCGGGCAAAAAACUGGCGAAUGGGGUUGGGAAGAGGAAGAGGAAGAGAAAGUUGCCGGUGAGAAGUUCCGGCAAAGUUCCGGCGAGCAAAGUGGAAACGAGGGCGGCGCGUGGUGGUGGCAAGUUAGCUAGGCGAAAAUAAUGUGUUACUUGUUUUUUUAAGUUUUAAUGAUGAUAGAUAUUUGGGCUAAGUAUAGGCAAUUAAGGCGAUUAUAUAUGUUUGUUUAGCAUGAGAUUAUUAGGUUUUUGGUUAGUGUGAAAUAGUUUUGACUUGUUAAUGAUCAAAAACAAUAUGAUUAUCCAAACUUAAUUGACUGAUUA